UUUCGUACUCGCGCGAUCAGCUGGCAGGAAUCGAGACACACGACAAAAACACACACUUUCGUAUUGUGAUCGUACGUAAUAAAUUACAUUAUAAAACCGCCUUUUCCUCAUUACCGCGUGGUGCACGCUCGGGUAACGAUCUCUCUCCGCUAGAUCAGUAUUCAACCGAAUUUCCUUUCGAUACCCGUUCGAUACCGAUUUAUUUAUUUUCGUUUAAUUUAUUUAACCGACACAAACAUGUCAAAAUUCAUCUGCAUACAAGACUUCGAGAACCAUGCUCAGAACAACCUCACACCCUCCAUCAGGGAUUAUUACAAUUCCGGAGCGGGAGACCAGUAUACUUUGAAGCUCAACACCGAGGCUUUCAAGAAGUACAGAAUAAAGCCCCGAUUUUUGAGAGAUGUAUCACAAAGGGAUUUGAGCACCACAAUUUUGGGUGAAAAAAUCUUGAUGCCGUUAGGAAUCGCACCAGCGGCUAUGCAACGCAUGGCGCAUCCCGAGGGUGAAUGCGCGAACGCCAGAGCUGCUCAAGCGUACGGUACCAUUUACAUACUUUCAACCAUAUCAACAAGUAGCAUCGAAGAAGUUGCAGAAGCCGCGCCAAACGCGAUAAAAUGGUUCCAAUUGUACAUAUACAUCGAUCGUAACGUUACAUUAGAUUUAGUUAGACGCGCAGAACGCGCUGGUUUCAAAGCUCUCGUCCUAACAGUCGAUGCACCGCUGUUUGGUGACCGACGAGCUGACAUUAGGAAUAAAUUUUCGCUCCCAUCACAUUUGAAAUUGGGAAAUUUCCAAGGAGAAAUGUCAAAUAAAAUCAAAAACGCGAAGGAUGGAUCUGGUUUGAGCGAGUACGUCAUGAACUUGUUCGACGCUUCUUUGAAAUGGGAAGACAUCGCGUGGCUCAAAAGUAUUACAAAAUUGCCACUCGUUCUGAAGGGGGUCCUGUCCGCUGAAGACGCAGAGUUGGCCAUUCAACACGGGGCAGCAGCUAUCAUCGUUUCAAAUCAUGGUGCACGUCAAGUUGACACUCUCCCAGCAACGAUCGAAGCAUUACCGGAAAUAGUAGACGCUGUAAGGGGAAGAAUAGAAGUUUACAUGGACGGAGGCGUGAGGCAAGGAAUCGACGUUUUCAAAGCGCUUGCAAUGGGUGCGAAAAUGGUAUUCGCCGCCAGACCAUUAUUGUGGGGUCUGUCUCAGGGUGGCGAGGAAGGUGCCAAACACGUACUUGAAAUCUUCAGGAAGGAAAUUGACUUGGCAUUUGCAUUAACAGGCUGCAGAGCAGUGGAUCAGAUCACGAGGGAUAUGGUGAAGCACGAAUCUUACUACAGCCAUUUGUAACACGAGGAUCCAGUAAAAAAUAAAUAUAAUUAUAACAAGUUCAAGUCGAAGCAACCGAUUCUCGGACGCAUCAUGUAUUUAUAAGCGUUCAUAAAGCGUUAUGCUUCCACGACGAAUGCAACAAUUAUACCAUUUAAGGUUAUUUCAAAAACACUCGAAGAUGACCUCGAGGUCACAAUCUGUUUUAUAAUUUCCUAGUUAGAUAAACGUACGAUCGAUUAGUUUUAAGUUAAAUUAAAUGUAAAAAGGUAGCAAUAGACGACACAGAGCGAGAAAUAUAUCGAUAGAAAGAACAAACGCGAGAGUAUUUUUUUUCUUCACAAUAUUGGCGUUUUAUUGAAUAUCUUUUCUUGUAUAUUCAUCUUUUGUAUACAUAUAUGCAUGUGCGCGGCACACAUAUCACAAUUCUUAAGCGUACAUACGCGCACACGCAUCCAAAGUGAUCCGCGUUUCUUUUUUUUUGCAAACGGAACAAGAUUGACUAUUUUGACGUUGACAUACAUACAUAACGUCCCACGUAACAUUAGCAGCAGAGUACUUUGCUUCGUCGCACGUUCGAUCGCAAAAUACUCGUAUUCUCUUGAUCCUACACAUUUCUACUGUCGAUUUCGCUUCGUUUCAUUGUUGGCAAAAAAAUAAAUCCCAUUUCUCUUCUCGGUAUUCUAUAUCUCGACUUUUAGUAACUCUGAUGCAGCCAUUACAGUCACGAAACAUCCUUUAGUCACAGCUUUACAACGUUACAAUUAUUAAUCGUUACUCGUAUGUAUAUAUUUAUAUUUAUAUUUAUAUAUAUGUAUAUAUGUAUAUUUAUGUAUAUAUGUAUAGUGGCCUCGUUCGCGCUACAGUUUUGUUUGCCGUGUAUGCACGCUGCGACGCUAAACCUUUACUCGUAUGUAUAAUAUGUAUACGUAAUGUACACGUGCGUGGUAUAUACACACAUACACGCUCCCUGCACUGUGUACUGUAUAUGUAUAGAUACGUUAUAUACAUGCAUACACACGCACACUUAUUUGCUCUCCCAUUAUGUGAGAGUAGAGAAACGUGACGAUCUCGGUGGAUCAUGAUUUUUUACAUGAAACCUCUUUGAAAGGACACACGUUCACAAUUAUGCUCAUAUCUUUCGGUGAACAUAAUAUUUUAUAAAAAUAUUUACGAUACUUUAUAUUUCUAAUGGGAAAACUGAAAUUGACACGAGAUUUUUGAUCGAGGACAUUUAGGUCGUCAUGCGUUUUAUGGUAGCGUGUUAAAUCACCACGCGUGGUACACAAAGCACCAAGUAUUAUAUCCGCAAUACAUCACUGCGCGUUGCAUUCUCACGAUCAAGUGAUCCCAAAAAAAUCUCACCCUAGCCACCUUACGCCACCGAAAACAAGGGCCAAGAUAAUAAAGAUAUACUAAAUAAAGGUGUCGUAUUAUACAAAUUAUGCAGUUGCAAGUUUGUUGAAUACAGUUAUUAUUUGAAGAGUGAUCAAAUCAAUUCACGAACGUGUAUCCUUUCGCUCGUUAUGUAAUUGUGGCUCGUUCGACACAUGUGUAAUUCAACGUACACGGUAUACAGUUGGCUAAUACACGAUUACGAUAGACACACAGUGUGUUUGUUCGGGUGUAUUUUUGUUUGUUUUUGUCACUGGUGAGAACCUCAGGAAUAUGAUUGUUUGCUUGCUGAUGCGUCUCUCCUAUAGCUUCAGAGGAUCCAGAGACGGGGAGAUCACUUUCGCGGUUAAAUAGCGAUUUAGGCGAUAGUACAUUAGUUAAGUUAGUGUAAAAUUCAUUGGUCCAGAGAGUUGUGUGUGUUUCAAGAGGGUCUUUGUUCUCCCCUGUGUAGCCCCGGACCCUUUCUUUUGAUUUAACAACUGUUACAACAGGUUGGCUAUCGGUUGGCCCGUUUUUCUUCUACGCGAGGGCUUCGAAACCGUAAGGAUAUGUUUUUUCUUUCGAUGAAUUAUUUUUCGGUUAUCGACCAUGAUGGUUAAGGAUAAGAUUUUUUCAUUUUGUAGAUCGUGAUUUAUGAUGGUGUGUCUGCUUUUUGACCAAGCUGUAGUUUUGCGUGUAUUAUUUUAGUACGCAGAGUGACAGGGAUUAUAAUUACUGCAGAUAAGUGGUACAAUUUCAAUGACAUAUUUUACUGGUCCCAGGAUAUUUUAGCGUAUUCUACCAAAUUACCAAAUUCGUAUUUCUAAAUUUAAAAAGUUGCAAAUUUCGAAAUGUAAAGUCUUGUGCUCGCUCUAUCACUGAACUCUCCUCAACAUUUUUCUAACAACGCACCAUUCUUACGAGUAAAAUACGCCACCAAAGUUUGACCUAUUUCCUGCCACUCUGUAUACACAGCGAUAAGAAUUAUUCGAUAAACGAAGAAUGAUUUGAAGUACCUGUGAUACUUUUGUUCGAUCGUACGAGGAUAUCGCGUUUUCCUGAUUAGUGUAGCUAGAAUGAAAUCGUUCCUUUGACACAGUGCGGAACAGUGGAAAAAUUCCUUUAGAAUAUUUUUCUGGAAAUUCGAGUCUUAUGUACGUAUAUCGUACUAUUCAACAAAUUGUACUUCAAUGUGAUUAAUAUAAAAAACAUGGUUUCCUAUAAAAAAAAAUAUUAAGUUAAGCACAGGUCAGAAAUUAUGAUACGAUACUUAAAGAAAUCGUUAAGUUAUUUAUAGCAACAGAAUAUUCUGUACAACAGAUUUUUAUUGAUA